UGGGUGCGCGUAGGUGGCGAGGAGCUGACGAACGCACCACGAGCUGCGGUGGCUCGGAGAGGAGCCGCAUCCGGGCGGAGGGGCGGCGUCGUCGUCGUCAUCGUCGUCGUCAUCGGCGGCGGCGGCGGCAGCGGCGGAGGCCGCGGCAGCGGCGGCGGGGUCGUCGUCGCCGUCGUCGGCGGCGGGGGCGGCGGGGGCGGCGGGGGCGGCGGGGGCGGCGGGGGCGGCGGGGGCGGCGGCAGAGGAGGUGGACGCCGAGGUGGCGUCGGGCGCCCGCGCGCGUAUGGCUGCAGUGGUGGCCGCGGCGUCUCGACGUGCGAGGCAGCUAGUGCUUGUGGGCUCUUGAGGGUCGCUCCUCGUGUCAGUCCUCGAGGCUCGGAGUUGUAGAUGCUACGCCCGCGAAUGGGAUGGGCUCGACCCUUGCCCGCACGGCCGCGACUGCGAGCCAUGCAGCCAGCUGCCACGAAGACUCCGACGAGGAGCAGCCCAAUAGCCACUCCAAUCGCCGCGACUACCGUCCCGCGGGCGUUGUCGGAGCCGGGCGAUGCAGCCAGUACUCCGGUCCCUGGCGGUGGCGAGGGCGAGGCGGAGGGCGGCGGUGGCAAGGGCGAGGCGGAGAGCGGCAGUGGCGAUGGUGGCGGCGCCGACGAUGGCGGCGAGGGACCAGGGGCCCCCGCUCCACCUCCUCCGCACGCGCAGCACGCCUGGCUCGCGGCGAUCCCGCCUCCCCUGAAGUCGGAGCCGCAGUCGAACGGCACGUCUCCAAGUGUUACUUGACCGAGAUACUCACAGUCGACGCCACUACCGUCGCUGAAGCGCCAACCGUCGAGUCUCCAGCCGGGCGUGUCGG